CUUCAGCCCGGUAAACACGUCCGACCAGUUGCCGGCCCUCGCCCUUCACCGCUUCACCUGGCGUCUCUGACAUACCUGAGCAAAGAGUUACUGCCUCCUCCUUCCCCUGUACAUCUCUGAAGCUCUUUGGACUGGUGUCUUCACAUUUCCAACCGCGGAUACUGAGAAUACCCUUAAACUUCGACAUGAGAGAAAUUGUUCACAUCCAGGCCGGCCAGUGCGGUAAUCAGAUCGGAUCUAAGUUCUGGGAAGUGAUAUCGGAUGAACACGGCCUUGACCCCACAGGGAUAUACCGGGGUGACUCCGAUCUUCAGCUGGAACGGUUGAACGUCUACUACAAUGAAGCAACAGGUGGUAAAUAUGUCCCGAGGUGCAUUCUGGUCGAUCUGGAGCCCGGUACCAUGGACGCGGUCAAAUGUGGUCCAUACGGCUCCCUCUUUAGGCCUGACAACUUCGUCUUUGGUCAAACAGGGGCAGGUAACAACUGGGCAAAGGGUCAUUACACAGAGGGGGCCGAGUUAGUGGACUCUAUUCUAGACGUUAUCCGCAAGGAGGGAGAGAACUGUGAUUGCCUGCAAGGAUUCCAGCUGGCCCAUUCUCUGGGAGGCGGAACUGGAUCGGGACUAGGAACCCUUCUUAUAAGUAAAGUGCGAGAAGAGUACCCCGACCGGAUUAUGAAUACUUUCUCAGUAAUGCCUUCUCCUAAGGUGUCUGAUACAGUUGUCGAGCCCUACAACGCAGUUUUAUCAGUUCAUCAGUUAGUGGAGAACACAGACGAAACCUUCUGCAUUGACAACGAGGCUCUGUACGAUAUCUGUUUUCGGACACUGAAAUUGAAAACACCAACUUAUGGCGACUUGAAUCAUCUUGUUUCCAUAGCAAUGUCGGGAAUGACCACUUGUCUACGAUUUCCAGGCCAACUGAACGCAGAUUUGCGAAAGUUGGCCGUAAAUAUGGUACCGUUUCCUCGACUACACUUCUUCAUGACAGGGUUUGCUCCCUUGACGUCAAGAGGCAGCGUCCAAUACCGAGCACUGACUGUACCUGAACUCACCCAGCAGAUGUUUGAAUCGCGAAACAUGAUGGCCGCCUGCGAUCCUCUUCAUGGCCGUUAUCUUACAGUCGCUGCCAUUUUCCGUGGCCGCGUCUCCAUGAAAGAAGUUGACGAACAAAUCUUGAACGUACAAAACAAAAACAGCAGUUACUUUGUGGAAUGGAUUCCGAAUAAUGUAAAAACAGCCGUCUGUGACAUCCCACCGAAGGGACUCAAAAUGUCUGCCACGUUCUUGGGCAAUAACACUGCUAUUCAGGAACUGUUCAAAAGAGUCUCCGAGCAGUUCACAGCCAUGUUUCGGCGUAAAGCUUUCCUCCAUUGGUACACCGGUGAGGGUAUGGACGAGAUGGAGUUUACUGAAGCCGAGUCCAACAUGAACGACUUGGUGUCAGAAUACCAGCAGUACCAAGACGCAACCGCGGACGAUGAUGCCUACUUAGAUGAAGACGACGAAGAAGAGGGCGAAGAGGAAGCACCUUAAGAUAUUUUUAAUAAAAGGAAACAAAAUGGUAUUCCCAAACAGUAACUCUUAUAUAUAUUUCAUUGAUACGACAAUUGGGGAUAUUUAUUUUCUAGUAAACUCAUUAUCUGUAAAGACAAGCCAACACUGAGAUACGCCUCAAAUUGACUAAACACCGUCAAUUUGUCAAUUUGUACAAUGUGUAAGCUGUAAAGAAAAAACGUAAAUGACCAGCAAAUCAGGACUUUAUGUGAUGACACAAUCUACACCGUGAUCCGAGACCAGACAUCUGAUAUUGACUUCCUGGAGGAUGCGUAGUCUGUCAAACAUGGUGGUGAAAUUUUACCGCAAAAAGCAUUGGCUAUUAUGCUACCAACAUAUUUCAAUGUUAAUUUGCUAGCCAUUCAUUUCUUUGUCGUACCAAGCUGUGUUAAUUUAUAUUUCACGCCGAAACUUACUGUGAGUAAUUUUGAGAGUGUACUGGUUGAAAAUUUUUCUACAUUAAGUUCAAUACGAAGAAACGACAUUGAAGUUCUCACGCACAUUGUUAAGUGUCUAUUAAGGAGAUGAGCCCAACUUCGAUGCGCAUCAGUUACGCUGCUUUUAGUUACUAUGUUAUAAUGUAUGCAAAAUAUUGUUCACAUCAGACCAGCUUCAGGUCAAACAUUUGCAGAUUUCAUGUUAUUAUUUUGUGUUCUGCACUAAUUAGGUUGAGGGCAGAUGCACCAUGCGUUAAGUUUAUGAAAGUUCCUAGUGCACUGAAGAUAAACGUUCAUGACAGUUGUGUUUUGAUGACCCUCUGAUGUUAUAAAUAUCUCUAAAUAGCAACUCAGUGUCCAAAUAUACAAUGUCACUAUGAACACUGGUUAUUGUUCAGGCUUCAUUUUUGAGAAAUAACCGUCUCACAGAGUGGGGAUGGACAAUGCGCAUUGAUACGUUUGGGUAUGUUAAAUGCUAUUAAAGACAAAAACCGUAUGUAACGCUUUAUCAUCUAUCCGUAUCCCCAAUUUUUGUGUUCUCAAAGGAGCUCUAAGCAUAUACUUCACCUAAUAUUUUCAAACCUAAAUUUAAAUUUUAUGGUAUUUAAUAGUUUUUUGAUAUCAAAAGAUAGUUAUAUGGCAAAAUACUAUACUCAGAUUCAAUGUGAGUGAGAACAUGAGUUACAGAAGUUAAUUGUUAGCAAGAUUUGCUCUUUGUGAUUUGAUUAAGAACCGGCAUUUUAGCAUAAUCUUUUUGCUUGUUGACUGUUGAUCUUUAGAAACCUCAUUUUGGCAUAGUUUGGUUGCAUGUUGACGGUAAAUUAGUGAAAUAUAAUGAUAUUUGCUUUGAACAACAAUAAUGAAGAUAAUUUACCAGCUUAAACCUUUGAAAAGGUCAUGCGUUUGUUAACUGGACUAAAAACUCACCAAAAAGAGGUUAUGUAGCAAAUUUAAUGUUCUCUAUUCAUUUUCGUUUUCACUCCGACAGAUGACGGGUUUCCUGUGUAAAUAUAUCUUAACAUUGUCGUCUCAGAGAAAAACUGUUUAAUAUCUAAAAGAUAGGAACAAAAAAAAGUAGCAGAGCAAUCGUUUAAAGGCAGUUCGUUUUGUAGGGUGUCUGUUGGCGUCUGAAGAUCAGGGGAAGUAACUGCAUACAUUUAUGAACUCUGGAUAUGAGUUUCCCAGUAUUACUGUAAUAUUAACAAUACCAACAACAAAUUCGCUAAAAUUUAUGUGAAGA